UAAGCUUCGGUGCAGAGAUUCUCGUGCAGAGAGAGAGAGAGAGCGGCAGAAAUACUAAACGAAUCAUCGAAGAGCAGUGAAAAAUCACUGAAAUCGCAGUAAGAUACGGUAAGCAAUAGACAGAUUUUCUCCAACCUAAAAGAGAGAAAGAAGUUGCAGGCGUUGAUAAAUCAUUAGGGUCAGAGAAGAAAGGAAACGCCCUCUUAUUGGCUGGGUUCUAAUGGAGGUUCAGAAAUACAGUAGAGCUCUGUUCUGAUACCCAUUUCUCCGUUUGAUAUUUGGGCUCUUCUAAAGAGUUGGAAAGCAAGUAAAAAGAGUUGCAGAAAGAAACACGAGGACAAAAGGGUAAAUUUGUUAUUCUUUUGCAUGCGUUAAAGAAGAAAGAACUGUUCCAGACCUCACAGAAAAUAGAAAAAAAAAAAAAAAAACUGAAGAGAUUCACGAGAUUGUCAGCUGCUGAGAACGCUGAGGUAUCUUUCUUUUUUGAGGACACGUCGCUCCAGAAAGUUUUAGUGUGAUAAAGUAAUAUACAGAGGGAGAGAGAGUGAGAGAGAAAGUGAAGAAGGGCUCGUUGAAGUUAAUAUCUUCCUCCAUAUUUGUUCAGUUCUUUUUAUUAUCGAUCUGAAUAUGGGGAGAGCGACGAGAUGGUUGAGGGGUUUGUUGGGGAUGAAGAAAGAUAAGGAACAGAAGGAGAAUUCUGGCUCCACCGACCGGAAAGAUAAGAGAAGAUGGAGUUUUGGCAAGUCAGGGAGGGAUUCGGGGGGAAUGGGUCAGAUCUCGUCUAGCAUUCCGGCUAGCAUAAGUCAAGCGGAUGCUGCUUGGUUGAGGUCUUAUUACACCGAGACUGAGAAGGAUCAGAACAAGCACGCAAUUGCGGUGGCUGCGGCCACGGCAGCCGCAGCUGAUGCUGCCGUUGCAGCUGCGCAGGCGGCGGUGGCCGUUGUGAGGCUUACAAGCCAGGGCAGAGGGACAAUGUUUGGUGGUGGGCGGGAAAAGUGGGCCGCGAUAAAGAUCCAGACUGUUUUCCGGGGAUAUUUGGCAAAAAAAGCUCUUCGAGCUCUGAAGGGACUAGUAAAGUUGCAGGCUCUUGUUAGAGGUUAUCUGGUGCGUAAGCAAGCCACUGCAACUCUUCACAGUAUGCAAGCUCUCAUAAGAGCCCAGGCCACCGUCCGAGCCCAGAAAUCUCGUGCUGUCGUCAACAAAGAGCACAGAUACCCCCCGCGUAAAUCCAUUGAAAGAUUCGACGAAACCAGAAGCGAGCACACAGCGUCCAUUCACAGUCGGAGGCUAUCGGCAUCCAUUGAGACUGCAAUUAACACCUUUGAAGAGAGUCCUAAAAUCGUUGAGAUCGAUACUGGAAGACCCAAGUCGAGAUCUCGUAGAACAAACACCUCAAUGUCGGAAUGCGGAGAAGACCCACCUUACCUAACGAUUUCUUCUCCUUUGCCGUGCCAAAUUCCUGCUCGUCUGUCCAUUCCAGAUUGCCGCAAUUUUCAAGACUUGGACUGGGGCUUCACCGGAGAUGAGUGCAGGUUCUCUACAGCACAAAGCACCCCUCGGUUUGUAAAUUCAGGUGGGUCGAAUGCACCCGUCACACCCGCGAAGAGCGUGUGUGCCGACAGCUUCUUCCGGCGUUAUUCGAAUUUCCCGAAUUACAUGGCUAAUACACAAUCGUUCAAAGCAAAAGUUAGGUCACACAGUGCUCCAAAGCAGAGGCCAGAGCCGAGUCCCAGGAAAAGGCUCUCACUGAACGAAAUGGUGGAAUCAAGGGCUAGUCUGAGUGGAGUUCGAAUGCAGCGCUCCUGCUCUCAAGCUCAGGAAGCAAUCAAUUUUAAGAAUGCCGUAGUGGGCAGGCUCGAUAGAUCUGCCGAGUUUGUUAGAGAAACAGAGAGAGAUUAUUACUUGCAAAGGAGAUGGUAAAUUAAAGAUGAGUUGCGUUGUCCAGUUUCUUUAUCUCAGUGUAACCAAUAGGAUUAUAACACACAACGUGUUGCGUGUAAAUUCACAAUCAAGAUCUGAUUUGAAUUUUCUUGGGAUGAUAAUUUUGUUUACAGAACAAUGACGUUUCGAUUAAAAGAAACGAAGAGGAAACUUCACUUUGAUCUUGUGAAUUGCUAUCAACUCUCCGGCCGGUCCGUCCCCAUUUGGGUAUCGUUUAAAACAAUACUGGAACUGUUUGUUUCGAAUUCAAGUGUGAAGAUCAUGGCCAUAUUGACUUAGUGGCAGGAACUGUGUUGGAUUGUUAGACUUAACAUUACGUUAUGUCAUGGAGGGGGAUGUUGGGGAGUAAGCUUUACGCUGUUUAAAAAUUCCACAGCCAGUUGUCUCUCGUAUACAUUUAAAAGUAGCCGUCGGUAUGGAAUAAAGGAAAAUAAAAGGAGGCCCUACUUCUAAUAUGAAAAGAUGGGUGGGUCCUCUUUGAUCCUUGUUUAGAAUUAAGAAUUUUUUCCAUCCAUAAUGAUUAGAAGAGGGUUUGGUUUUU